CCACAGCGACCCCUUUUUUUCUCUUCCUGGACUUGGCCCAGUUUCACUUUCCGUUCGACCUGACAGCUCCGAGAAGCGACGACUGGACGCGGCAGGAUCAGAGGAGCAAAAACACGCCACCCAGCUUCUAGCGAACCACGUUUUUGUCGUUGUGCUCGGACCGAGGAGCACCUUAUUCCCCUUGUCGGCACCACGUCGGCCGUAGAGGGAGCGCGCGCCGCAUGCGUUCAGGACCGACUCGACGCGAGCCGAGGAGGUUGGACGUGGAACUAUGGAGUCUGCGCCGAGCGUCAAUUUAAAAGAAGCGGAGGAGCUCGCCCUGUCCCUGGGCCAAGCGCUGAGCCGCGGGAGCGGCGAGGAGGCGGCCGCGCUGUGCCAGCGGCUGGCGCAGCUGUGCGUCCCGGUGUCGGUGAGCGUCGGGAGCCAGGCCUACCCUGAGGACUCCAUAAGGCUGCUGGUGGGAGUGGAGGACGCCCAGUCAGAGGACUACAUCCCGGUGACGGUCGUGGUUUCUUCCAGCAUGACCAUCGCGCAGCUGAAGGACAAGUUCAACCAGGACUUCGGGUUCCACCCGUCGCUGCAGCGCUGGGUCAUCAGGAAGCGCCUGGCCCGGGACCAGGAGACGCUGUACAGCCACGGGGUCCGGCAGAACGGGGACUGGGUCUUCCUCUUCAUCCGGUCGGCACAGACGGCUCAGCUCACGCGGCAUCAGCACCACAAGGACCAGGAGGAGCAGCUGCUAGAGGACAUUGUGGAUUCCAUGGAAGUGAAUCAGCUCUUGCCCAGAGGCGUGGGUGCAGGUGAUGCUGAGACUCCUCCUCCUCCUCCUCUUCCCAAACGCCCGGCUGCUGCUAAACCUGCUGUGGCUCCCAAACCCCAGCUGGGCUGGUCCUGCGCCAUGUGCACCUACGUCAACAAGCCCACGCGACCCGGCUGCGAGAUGUGCGGCUCGGAGCGGCCCGAGAGCUACGAGGUGCCCGACGUGUACCAGCCGGACCAGGAAGAGACGCAGCGGAUGCAGCGGGAGAAGCUGGCCCUGCUGCAGUACGAGCAGGCCCAGAAGGAGGAGCGAGAGAGGAACUACCUGUACCUGCUGGCGGCCGAGGAGCAGAGCCUCAUCCCCAACGCCGCCCAGGCCGAGUGCCCCAUCUGUAUGAGCGGCGUGGAGCCGGGGGACGGCAUCGUGCUCAGGGAGUGUCUGCACGUCUUCUGCAGGGACUGUCUGAAGGGGACCAUCGUGAACAGCCAGGACGCCGAGGUCUCGUGUCCCGACGAAUGUGACAGCAAACUCCUGGACCGGGAGAUCCAAGCGCUUCUCACGGAGGAGGAGCACCAGCGCUUCCUGGAGCGGCGGCUGAACAUCGCCGAGAGCCGCUCGGAGCACAGCUUCCACUGCCAGACCCCCAACUGCCGAGGGUGGUGCAUCUACGAGGACGAGGUCAACGAGUUCCGCUGUGAGCUCUGUGGCGAGACCAACUGCAUCCUCUGCAGGGCCAUCCAUAAGGACAUGAACUGUAAGGACUACCAGGACGACCUGCGCCUCCGGGCCGAGAACGACCAGGCGGCUCAGAAGACGAAGCAAAUGCUCGAGAACAUGCUUCAGAGCGGCGAGGCCAUGAAGUGCCCGCGCUGCGACAUCAUCGUCCAGAAGAAGGACGGCUGCGACUGGCUCUGCUGCUUGAUGUGCAAAACCGAAAUCUGCUGGGUCACGAAGCAGGCGCGCUGGGGCCCGAUGGGCCGGGGCGACACGUCCGGUGGAUGCAAGUGUCGGGUAAAUCAUCAGCCCUGUCAUCCCAACUGCCAGAACUGCCACUGAGGCGAGCGCAGACAGAUGUUUGGAUACUGGACUCCAGCCACCGCCGUGUGUUCUGCUGACUCACGCCUCCUUUGAGCCUCGGGUGCCGUGGUUUCGCUGGUGGGACAGGGGUCAGUCGUCACCCGAGGGCGGAGGCGGCGGCAGGUAACUGGCUGUACACCAGCCGGCUGUCUUCUCUCAUCAUCUGGGACCUGCAUGUAGAAUAUUACCCUCUUCCAAUGAAGUAUCAGAGAACCAAAACAACCAAAGGGCCGAAACAGAGACUUGGUCCAGGAGGUGCUUCUGCCGUCAAUGCAGCAACUCCGAUGUGACUAUGUUGUUUUGGGAAUCUUAUGCGAUAGGAUUUCUGUCUGAUGACUAAUCAGACAAGUGUUUACACUUUAUGAAUGGGCUCAUAAGUCAGCUGCACUUGAUUGAACUUUCAUGUAUUAGAUAGAAAAUACCAAGCAAGUAAGAUUGAUGUUUUUAUUCAUAAAUAAUUGCAUUAAGCAAUGGAUUAAUAUUUUCUUGGGUUUCAGCAUUAUUGAAAAAUCUGUUUAAAUAAUUCUAUUUUUCUUCAGGCUUUUCAUUAAAGAAAAUGCUACAACCA